GAAGAAUCGAAUCUGUAGUGACUCGCGUGAAUCGGACACACCAUCACUGAGCUCUUUCCUCAUCUCCUCGCGCUCAGACUCGGAGUGUCGGCGUGGCUGCUGUCUUACUGCCUGUAAAAACCUGACAACCAGGACUUUGUUUUCCUUGUCGUGCUAGCCUGGUGGGAAAUGUUCCGGAGCUAGCUCUCUGACUAACCCGGGCUGUGAUACUGACUGAUGCUAAGUUUUAGCUCCGACCGGCUAAUUUGUUUGAAUGUUGGUCAUGGUUUCAUAUGUAGACGAACUCCAGGGGGGUUGGACAUAAUUUCGAGAUGUUUCCGCCUUUUUACGAUUUGACCCAGUGACGAAUGAUGAUGAGCUGUAAAUGCUGAUUUGGUUACUUGGCUCCACCCCAUCAUCUUUUCUUCCCCUCUGUUCAUUUCUGCUUCUCUGUCCUCCACUCCAUUCCACUACGUGAAGCCAUGUCUAAAGAAGUGGACACCGGUUCCACCAACUCCAUGCGUCUGAAGCAGGAGAUCUCGCUGUUACAUGGAGUCUGCUUAAUUGUGGGUAACAUGAUCGGCUCGGGUAUUUUCGUUUCGCCGAAGGGUGUGCUGCAGUACACGGGUUCCUUCGGUUUCUCACUGGUGGUGUGGGCUAUCGGGGGCAUCUUCUCUGUGUUUGGUGCCCUCUGUUACGCAGAACUCGGCACCACGAUCCGGAAGUCGGGUGCCAGCUAUGCCUACAUCCUGGAGGCUUUUGGUGGCCUUCUGGCGUUUAUUCGCCUGUGGACUUCACUGAUGAUCGUGGAGCCGGCAUGCCAGGCGGUCAUCGCUCUUACUUUCUCCAACUAUCUGGUGCAGCCUUUCUACCCGACCUGCCCGGCUCCGUAUGAUGGCGUGCGUCUCAUCGCAGCUCUCAUCAUUGGUCUGUUGACCUUUGUGAACUGUAUGAAGGUGAAGUGGGGGGCCAUCCUGCAGGUCAUCUCUACUGUUGCAAAAGUGCUGGCUCUCAUCGUCAUCAUCAUUGCUGGUUUGGUCGUCCUUGGCCAAGGUAAAACAGAGAACUUUCAAGACUCAUUUAAGGACUCUAAACUGAAUCCUGGUGACAUGGCCUUGGCCCUGUAUGCUGCUCUGUAUUCCUACUCUGGCUGGGACACCCUGAACUUCAUUACUGAGGAGAUCAAAAACCCAGAGAGAAACCUGCCACUGUCUAUAGCCAUCUCUAUGCCCAUCGUCACGGUUAUUUACCUCCUGACCAACGUGGCCUAUUACGCAGUCUUGAAUGCAGAGACUGUGCUACACAGUGAAGCCGUGGCCGUGACGUUUGCUGAUAGUGUUCUUGGCUAUGCACGCUGGCUGAUCCCUCUGUCCGUAGCCAUCUCCUGCUAUGGCGGUCUCAAUUCCUCCAUCAUUGCUGCCUCUAGGUUGUUCUUCGUCGGAUCUCGAGAGGGUCAUUUGCCCAACGUUCUGUCCAUGAUCCACGUGAAACGUUACACACCAAUCCCAGCCUUACUGUUCAACGGUGGAAUGAGCUUGCUUUACCUGUGUGUUCGAGAUGUAUUCCAGCUGAUUAAUUAUUUCAGCUUUAAUUACUGGCUGUUCAUUGGCCUGUCUAUUGCCAGUCAGAUCUUCCUGCGCAUAAAGGCUCCUGAAAUGCCUCGUCCUGUAAAGCUCAGCCUGUUCUUCCCUAUAGUGUAUUGCUUGUGUACCGUGUUUCUUGUGGUGGUACCGCUCUACAGUGACACUAUAAACUCUCUGGUGGGCAUUGCGGUGGCUCUCUCCGGUGCUCCAAUCUACUACCUCUUCGUGUACCUGCCUGCCAGCUCCAGACCUGCCUUCUUGGGCCGAAUAUUUGAUAAGUUCUCGCUGUUCACCCAGAAGUUGUGUUAUUGCUGUGUAGCCCAUCCGGGCCUUGACCUCGACAAUCCACCUGAAGAGGGCAAAUCGAAAUAACCAUCAACUGAAGAUUCUUUCUCUUCAUGGAUCCAGGAUUUGGUGAAACUUAUUUACUUACCAGAAUUUCUGUUUAAAUCUUUAAAAAAAUUUUUGUUUUUAAAUUAGCUUUUUUAUUGUAUUUAAUAUAUAUUUUUUACAUAUUUUGCUUAUAUAAUGCAAGUUGGAUUUUGUUGACUGGUCAAAACUAUUUUGGCAGCAAAAGCGGGACCAACACAAUAUCAGGCAGGUGGUCUUAAAGUUAUGUGCCUGAUCAAUGUCUCUGUGUGUCUGUGUGUCUGUGUGUGUAUGUAUACAUUUGUGUGCGUGUGCUGUGUAGGAUUUUUAGUGUUUAUGGCCUUUGCGACCCUGAACCCUGAAUGGAGAAAGACUUAAAAAUGGUAUUACUUCGCUGCGUUUGUCAUAUUAUAGUAUGGAAGGAUAUUCCGGACAACAUUCCGGACAACAUUGCAAAUCUUACAUUUCCGUUUGCAUUUCUGCUUUAGCGAAGGCACAGUGAAGUUUCAAAUAGAAAAGCAAAGUCCGCUUGCAACUGUAUUUCCCGUGUUUUACGAGUUAUGGACAUGUCAUAUUUUAAUUGCAAUAUUAUUCAUUUAAAUAGCAAUUUACCCUUCGCAAAGAGCUUGAUUGACAGGGGUUCUUGUCAUGGCGUCAUGGCUUGUCGGACAUGGCAACAGUAACUAAGGAGGGCGGGUUUUUGCGAAGGGUCAGUUGCUUAUACAUUUAUGAAAAAUUAUUUCAUAAUUAAAUUUAAAUUAAUCCAAUUAGAGAAUGAACUGUCAUCAACUUGCUGCGCGAGCAUCAUAAUGUCUAAUUAUGAUCUAAAAAUCGUCUAUUAUUGGCAUUUCCCCUGUUAGCCGUCGACUGCGAGUGUCGUCCCUUCCCACUGCAAAGACGCCCAAUAUAUAAUCCCCACUCAUGGCACUUGAUUGACAGCUUUCAGUGCAGGGCAUCGGAAAUGCAAAUACAAAAUGCAUUGCGAUGCCAUUUGAGUUUUGGCAGGCUGCAUACACGACACAGAGAAAUAAAAAAAGCAAACGUGGUAAAUUAAUAUAGCUAUUUAAAUAUGACAUUGUCAUAACUCGUAAGACACGUGGAAUACAGUUGCAAAUGGAUUGGGCUUUUCCAUUUGAAAUCUGGCGGUCAAUGUGUGUUCGCGAAAGAUUUGCAAUAGCGUUUGGAUUAUAUCACUAUGUAAGCACAAUACAGUUUGCAAUACCUUUUGAAUGUUGUCCAAAAUAUCAUUCCAUAUUAUAAGUGCAGUUAGACCAAAUAAAUAAAAUGUGCUCAUCAGGAAAAAACAAACAAACAGUUAACUGAAACAGAAAGGACACGAAAUAUGAAAUCGUCAUUUGCAUCUUGCAUCACUUUACGUAGGUAAACUUUGUGUCCCCGAGCCUUAGGCUUUUGAGCUAAUAGAAAGCAAGAGGAAGAACUGAGGUCUCUCUGUUCAGUAAAAAAAAAAAGAAAGCUGCUUAUUAUUAAGUAGCACGUACAUCAGCAUUACUGUGUGUUGUGUGUGCACAUAGUUACUUGGCAGACAAUGAAAAAUGAAUAGCUUUCGUCAAUAGUCUUGAGUGACAUUGGAUUUAUUUUAUUUGUCUGUCUAUGCAUUUCUUGUUGAUAAUGUUGGUUUAUGUAUUUGUGUAUGUUUGUGUGUGUAUAUUUUAGUAACGGUUAGCAGUUAGUGCGGUCUUUGAUUUAAUGCGUGCUAGCCGAAGGUAAACACUGGCGCAGGUAAAUGAAGGAUUAUAUGAUCGAUAGCCAGGUUGGAUUGGGUGCCUUUUCCCCCUUACACUGAGUUAUAUAUCCACCAAGUACAUUGAUGUUUGUAUGUUUUAGGAUUAUUAUUAACUGCAAUCUAUUUCCAUAGGAAAGAGUAGUCCAAUCAGUCCUUCUUGUUUACAUCAGAACCAUUUAUUUUGUAUAAUCAAGCAGUUUCCUGCUAUAUGAGUCUUUGGGAAAGGUACAGUAACAGUGUCUUAUAGGUCGCAAGAGUUCUCUUCUGAGAAGGGAGCCGAUCUCUGCACACCUGUUCCAGCUCAGAGUUUAUAUUCAGGCUGGAAAAAUGUGCACAGAUACCCGUUAAGAUACUUAACACUAUCUGAGGCAAUAUUGCACUACAAUUCGCAUUUUAUUGUCACUCAAUUUAUGGCUCAAGGACCUGUUAUUAUUUCUGUCGGCGCUGGAUUUCAAGACACAGCAGUCUAAUCUCAGGCUAAAUCAAAAGCUGUUUUGUUCACACGCGAGUCUUUUAUACUUAGCCAAAGCCCAAGAUUAAGGUGUCUGUCUCGACAGAACAGGUUUCAUUGCAGCACAUCUAGUUCAGGUUAUAAUAUGAUUCAGGAUCAUGUGAUUAUCAAAAGCUGGGUGUGUUGAUUCUUCAUUCUUAGAUUUGUAUGGUGUGGUUUUUUUUUUUUUUUUGUAUUUUUUUUUUUUAGCACCUUACACACUUGAACCAAAAACGUUUUCAUUAAGUUACUGUUUUGUAUUUUGCCCAAAUUGUUCUCAGCACAGCUCUCUGUAAACCAGCAAGUUUUAUUAAACACUUCAGGCAUAUGUCAUGGAAAGACAUUUUUGGAGAGGUUCUGUUUUACCACCCAGACACUGUAUAAUCAUCACAUGUACCUUAUUCAUAUAUGAAAUGUAUGUGUCAUUGAUUCAUGUGUGUGUGUAUUCUCUCCAUAAAUUAUACAUUUCUGUGUGUUGUUUAAGGUAAAUAUGUCUCUGGAUAACUUGCGCAAAUCCAACGUUUUUGUAGAAUAGAAUGUGCGUGGGAUUGAUUCUCUCAUUUUACCCAGUUUGCUGGUCUUCAUAAACAUUUUGUAUCUAUGCAUUCAGUUGUUGCCUCUGUGGUUUUGUUACCCCUUUUUUUAUCCUGGAUUUUUAAAUACCAAAUAAAACGGUGGUGUUUUAAAAAAUAAAUAAAUAAAAUGCGGCUUUUUACUUCAUGCAGUAAAAAGGAACAUCCACUAGAGGGUGCUUCUGUGCAACUGGAGGACUUUCUACACCUUAAGUUUGCUUCAUGACUGUCAUGGACUUUGGUCGGACUUUUUUUGUUUUUGUUUUUGUUUUCAUUAAAAAAUUGUUCUCUUGGAUGUCUGAGAUCCAUCUAAACAAUCACUCCACUGAGAUCUAGUUUUGAAAACAUAUAGACCGAAACACGUUUAUGUGCUCGUGUGAACGCGUUCCUUUCUUUGUGAUUAAAUGGUAUCAUGUUACA